GAAGCCUCAGUGAUGGUGUUUGAACGGCGUAAUAAUGUGAAAGCACCGCCAAGGAUUGGCCGAAUGAAUAAAUUUGCGCUGGUUGAUCUAAUCAAAUACGAAGUAAGCCAAUUGUCUGCCUUGGCCCAUCCUCGAAUUCUACAUGUUCAGCAUGCAUUGGAGGACUCAAAAUACGAAGUAAGCCAACUGUCUGCCUUGGCCCAUCCUCGAAUUCUACAUGUUCAGCAUGCAUUGGAGGACUCAAAGGAAUUCCUUGCCUUUGCCACCGAAUCCGUAUGCGGAUCACUUGACACUAUCGUGAUAGAAGAGGGAGUGGAACGGUUGGAGAUGAAAUUAGGGGUGUUGCAGAAUAAGGAACCAUGGUAUUCUCAUGAAAUCUACAGGAAAAAUUAUCGGGAAAGGAAUGGUCUAGGGCGGGAGCAAGUCACCUCUAUGGUAGAGGCAGAUUUCGAGAGAUGA